UCUUGCCACUCACUCACAGUUUAAAAUACUCCUAAUUACUAUCACUACAAACACUACUUGAAAAAUGGCAUCCACAGUUGACAAAACCAAGUGCCAAGCUGAGGUGAAGACAGGUGUCACCAAAGAAAAAGCGUCAGAAAUGGCCCAGUCCACCCAGGAGAAGGCUGCGGCGGCCGCCCAGGCCACAAAGGAGAAGGCGGCGGAGAUGGCGGAGAAGACAAGGGAGCAAGCGGUGAGCAUGGCGCAAGGUGCAAAAGAGACUGCUUUGGGAAAGAAAGAUGAUCCGAAGAAAACCACUACCACCCCAAAGGACUGCUAGGUUGAAUUGAAAUUUGGAAGUUUGUCUGUUGGUGGUGUUGUCUGUUUUUAGUUCUAUUUCUAUAUAUGUAUUUUGGUCUUUGGGCAUGUUCUCUUAGCAGGUUAGAGUAAAUGUACGGUGCCAUGGUCAAAUAUCGGUCUAGUUGAUAUAUUAAUAAAUAAUCACGUCAGUCCCAUAUAUCAACACUAAUUGGCCGAUAUUUAGAGUCUUCCUAAUGAAAUGUACUUUUGACUUUUGUUAUAUAAAAUGAAAUCACCUUUAUAUGUCU